UUCUAUUUUAUUCCACAAUUGUUUCCAUAUUCUCACAAAUUUUUGAGCUAGGGUUUUCUUUUUUCUUUUCCCCCUAAAUUUUCAGAGAAACUUGAAUUAGGGUUUGUAUUGACGAAAAAGUUUCAAAAUUUGAGCAAGUUUUGAGUUUUGCUUAAAAUGGAUGACACUGAGGAUGAUGCAAGGUAUCCGCCAAACCCCUAUGGUGCCAGUCAGCAGCAGGGUUAUGGUUCAUCACGUCGCCAAAAGCUCCCUGUUCGGGGUGUGCCGUAUUCGGGGGAAGUUGACAAUCAAUAUGUCGAUGACGAGGAUGAGGACGAUGUGGAUGAUGAAGAAGAUGAAAUUGAAUUAGGAGAGGAAGAAGGAAACAAUAAUCAAAACAAUGGCAUUGUUCAGUAUGGGGGAAAAGACGUAGAUGAAUAUGACAAUGAUGACGAGGACAUUGAUGAUCAUGAGAAUGAUGAUGAGUAUAAUGCAGAUGAAGAUGGUGGUAAGCAAAAGCUUUUGACUUGGAAGCCAGAUGAUGUUGAUGAUUUAGAAAGGCACCCAAAAAAGAGAAAGUUGAAGAGUUUGGUUUCAAGUUAUGAAUUUGCUCCUCGAGUGCCAGCUCCUGUUGUGACUCCUUCUGUAUCGAGGCCAUCAACUGGAGGGCGGAAUUCACUAACAGAUUGGAAUGAGCAGGAGACUUUUGUUUUAUUGGAUGCUUGGGGUGACCGGUUUCUGCAGCGUGGGAGGAAGAGUCUCCGAUCUGAAGAAUGGCAAGAAGUUGCAGAUAAGGUAUCAGAGGUGUCAAAGAUUGAAAGGACAGACACUCAAUGUAGGAAUCGUUUGGAUACGUUGAAGAAAAAAUAUAAGAAGGAGAAGCUUAGGAUGACAGAGACAGGUGACACCAGUAGCAAAUGGGUUUAUUUCAAGAAAAUGGAUAUGUUAAUGUCUUCGCCUCAGCAGCAAGGUGGACUCUCUUGUGGGUUGGACUCAGGAGAGUAUGUUUUUAUGAACCCCAAGGUGUAUUUGAACCGUGCUAAUGGUUCGGAUGAGAUGAGAGAUAGUCCUGUUAAUUCAGAAUCUACUAACGGCGAGGAUGAGGAUUCAGAUGGACUUCCUCCCAAGAAAAGGAGAACUGGGAGGGAAUCUAAUGAGAGGUGUUCGUUUAGAUUGCUUGCGGAUUCUAUUCAUAAAUUUAGUGAUAUAUAUGAGAAGAUUGAGAAUAGUAAGAGGCGACAAAUGCUAGAACUAGAAAAGAUGAGGAUGGAUUUCCAUAGGGACUUGGAAAUGCAGAAGAGGCAGAUUAUGGAGAGAGCACAAGCUGAGAUUGCAAAAAUACGGCGAGGUGUGGAUGAUGAAAAUGAUGUCUCUGCUGAGAAUGCCAGUGGGUAAUGCGUCUAGAACUGGUUACCUAUCUGUAGUGCUAAUUAAUGCUAGCUGCUGUUGUAAAAUGUUGGGGCCUUUUGCCCAGUUCUGCUUUAAAUUGUGAGACAAUAAUAAUGCUGGAAUGUUGUAUCAGAUAUACUUGAAGAAAUAUCAUUGCUGUCAUUGUUUCCUCUUUCACACGAUGCUUCUAGUUGAUAUGUAUCCAUUGUUUUGCCAUUAAUCUAUUUUCUUUUGUUUGUUGUAGCAUGCAACGAAGCUGGAAAUUAUGAAGUUUCUAUU